UGUCAGCUUUGGCGGCAUCUCUGGCGUGUGGGUGUCUCUGGCAUGUUGACAGGCAGCCUCUUCCCAGCUGGAGAUGACCCCAGCUUCUCCAGGCCUGUGGGGGCUGGGGGAAACUGGUGCUGCUUUCCAGCCUCCUACCUUGGGCUGCCAUGGGUUAAAGUGUGAGGCUGAGCCUCCGGAACCUCAAGGUGAACUGAACAGCCGCAGCUUUCCACCCUGAGCUGAGGACAGGUGUAGGCAAAGCAGCAGGGAAUGUUGGACCAGGAAUGGGGCAGGUCUUUCCUGACUGCCUAUUUUCCCAAGAGGAUGUGGCUCAUGGAGGCAGAUUCUAGGUGACCUAGUUUCUGGGGAGGUGGAGUCAAAAAUAAGGCCUUGACCGUGGGUGUGGCUUCCCCUUUUCUGAAGUCCUGAGACUGUCCUUAGCGGGCUUCCAGGGUGGUUCGGGGAUAAGCCUGGGGCACAACAGUUGGCCCUUGCCUUCUGGGGAUUCCACGGGGAUGGGAGCCAGGAGUUUUGGCAGGUACUUUAUGAAGGAGGCGGGACCCAGUGAAGCCCUGCCCCUCCCUGGAGCAGGGCCUCAAAUACCCACCAGUGCCCUUGCAUCAGAGCUCCUGCUGGGUCAGGACAGCACAGUUCGUCCAGGGCCAGCACAGUUCGUCCAGGGCCACAACAGGCCCUAGCCUGGACCUCAGGUCCUCACUUGGAACAGUACCCCAGAGCGUCUGACACCACUUAAUUCACUUCUCAGGUAAGUCUCGGGACUGGGUUGAGCUGGAGGCUGGAUGGGAACAGAACCCCUGCAUUUACAACUGUUCUCUCAUGCAGUAGAAUACCCGUCAUAGGCUGACAGCCUGGUGCACCACUGGGAGUGGACGGGGCUGGGCUGACAUGGAGAAUUUAGGAGUAAAUGCGCUUUCUCCCAAGGCCAGUGCUGGGGGCAGACCGGGCAGACCCAGCAGACCCCAGCAAGGUGUGGUCAGGAUUAUUACUCCUAGGCUGUUCCUGACCCUUUCAGCUCAGCCUCUGCCAUGGGUGGGCCAGGCGCCCUGCUAGUGGCAGUCUGGGUGCUGGGGUUUGCGGGGUCUGUGGCGCUGCGCAUCGGAGCCUUCAACAUCCAGAGCUUUGGCGACAGAAAAGCGUCGGACCCAGCCUGUGGCAGUGUCAUUGCACAAAUCCUGGCUGGCUACGACAUCAUGCUUGUGCAGGAGGUGCGGGACCCAGACCUGAGCGCUGUCACAACACUCUUGGAGCAGAUCAACAGCGAGUCCAAGCACGAGUACAGCUUUGUGAGCAGCAAGCCGCUGGGUCGGGACCAAUACAAGGAGAUGUACCUGUUCAUAUACAGGAAAGAUGCAGUGUCAGUCAUGGAGACAUACCAGUACCCAGACCCAGAAGACGCCUUUAGCCGCGAUCCUUUUGUCGUCAAAUUCUCCGCCCCUACCUGUGCUGCCAAAGAGCUGGUGUUAAUCCCACUGCAUGCAGCGCCUCACCAGGCCGUGUCGGAGAUUGACGCCCUUUACGACGUGUACUUGGACGUGAUCAACAAGUGGGACACUGACGACAUGCUGUUUCUGGGCGACUUCAAUGCGGACUGCAACUACGUGCGGGCAGAGGACUGGGCAGCCAUCCGCCUGCGCAGCAGUGAGGUCUUCAAAUGGCUCAUCCCCGAUAGUGCCGAUACCACAGUGGGCAACUCGGACUGUGCCUAUGACCGCAUUGUGGUGUGCGGUGCCCAUUUGCGGAGGAGCCUGAAGCCCCAUUCGGCCGCUGUGCAUGACUUUCAGGAGGAGUUCGGCCUAGAUCAGGAUCAGGCUCUUUGUGUCAGUGACCAUUUUCCUGUGGAGGUGACCUUCAAGUCCCACUGAUGGCCCGGAGAUCUGGCCAGGGAAUGCCAUCUGCAGACUUGAGCCACAAAGAGUGGCACCACACACGACCAUUCAGGUGGCAGGCAGGCUAUCUCCAGUGAGGAUGCAGGGCAGGGUCAUUUGGAAGCAUGUCCAUGGACACAUUAUAGGUCUACUCAGAGCCUCAGUCUCCCUAUCUGUGAGUCAGCCUAACCCUCCCUACCUCUUAGGGUGGCUGUGAGGAGUACCUACAAAUGGUGCUCUGUGCAGUGCUUCCCCCAGUCUCUGCUUAAUAAACAAGGCGCUCUCAGCCAGGAUCACA